CGGCUACUGUAUGUAUAGGAUAAUAUAUAAACUUGUUAUUACCCCAACAGAACUCAAUAUUUACAAUAUUACAGAACAGCAAAGUUGAAAUAUUGUGAUCUUGCAGUACAAUAUUUUUGCCACGUUGCUGCAAUAUUGAGUACUGUUGGAAUACGUACCGUAAACCACUACGUGUUUUUAAUAUAGUAGGCGAAGCAGUAAUAAAAGUCAUAAAAUCGAGUUCAAAUAUCAUUAUACGAAUUAUUUUAUAUAUUCUAUCUAAUUGUGUCAUCGUGUUCGUGAUUUGAAAUCUGAAUCUGAAGCUCAGUUCAGAGUAGAUAGUUCACCACGCUUUCCAUCUAGGAAAAUUGUAUGUGGGUCGGAAACGUGGUCGGGAAUCGUUUUGGGUAGCCGUACAGAACGUAUAGAAUAGAGUUCAACGGAAUACAGAUACAGACACGAAAUGAUUCAUUUUAACCGAACGUUGUUGUUGAACGUCGGACGUUGGACGUUUGAAUUUUCACUUUUUCCAAAAAUAAACCUUGCAUUUUAUUAAUCAGACCACGGGAAUAUAACAAAGCUUAAAAGCAAGGCUUUCACGUGACUAUAACGUCUAUCGUCAAAGAUUUAAUUACUUUGAGUGGCUUCCAAUUAAAUACAUUGUUAAAACGUGACCUGUUGCACACUUUAUUAAGUUCUUAAAGUAAACUAUGCAAAAGGAUACAUCACCGUCGUCUUCAGACAUGGCUAAUCACGCUGAAGAUGAUGAUAUGGUAUACAUAGGUGAUGUGGAAGAAGUGAUUGAUAAUUUUGAUGGGGAAGAGAUUAAAGAAGAAAAUGUAAUGGAAAUGGAUACACCAGAAUUAGGAGACUCAGUGUUUGUGUUCACUACUCACAAACUAGGUUCUGUCUUCUGCGGAUCUUUAACUAAAAAUGGAAAACUAGCUACCACUGGAGGGGAAGAAGACAAAGCUUACGUUUGGGAUACGUCGACAGGAGAGAUUGUUUUAGAUUGUGUGGGUCACAAAGACAGUAUCAUUUAUUCGGCAUUUAAUCAUGACGAGUCGUUGGUGGCUACUGGAGACAUGAGUGGUAUGAUACAAGUUUGGAGACUGUCAAAUAAAUCCAAGAUUUGGGAUUACAACAUGGGUGAUGCUACCUGGAUGAUGUGGCAUCCAGGGACAAAUGUUUUAUUAGCGGGAUCUGUUGAUGGAGAAGUAUAUAUGUGGAAAAUACCUGAUGGGGAUUGCAAAAUUCUACAGGGAUACGGUUGUAGGGCAGAGACUGGCGCAAUAUUUCCAGAUGGAAAACGUAUUGCAGUAGGCUACGAGGAUGGAAUUAUUAAAAUAUAUGAUUUAAAGACAAAUACUGUGUUAUCAACCAUAUCUUCUGCAUUGAGCCAUUCUUCCACUAUAACUACCAUUGAUUGUCAUCCAGAUAAUAAUAUAGUACUUUCUGCAGCUGUAGAUGGAAAGACCAUUAUCAGUACAUCAAAAACGGGAAAGAUAAUUUCAGUUCUGCAAAAUCUUAAAAAUGUUGAGCAAAAUAAUGUUAUGGACAACGAUGAAGAGGCAGAAAAUGACGAAGGCAAUUGCGACAGCAAUUGGGUAGAAACAGCGGCGUUCUGUAAAGAUCCUGCAUUUCAAGUUGCUGCGACUGGUACAGUUAACGGAGAGAUUUUUAUCUGGGACAUUGCGAAACAAAUACUCAGACAAAAAAUAGCACAAGAAAGUGGAAUAUCUAAACUCGUAUGGAAAGGAAACACGAGUAUAUUAUUUUCGGCGGGAUUAGAUGGUAUUCUGAGGUGUUUCGAUGGAAAAAAUGGUGAAUGUUUACGUUCAUUCACAGGACACGUGGCAGACAUUCUUGACUUAUCCAUCUCUGAAAAUGGAGAAAAAGCGUUAACAACAUCUGACGACUCUACAGUUAGAAUUUUUGAUAUUUCAUGUGUACCUUAACAAAUUUGCUAACAUAGAGAAAAAUUACAAAAUCUUUGUUACUAUCUAAAAAUAUAUGUACAUUUAUGAGAGUUGUUCAUAUAUUGA